AUUAAUGUGCGAAGAUUCUCGUGCAAUCCUAGAUGAAUUAUUUGGCAAGGAGAGAAAUGUGGUUGCGAGUAAGAGGAAAAACGAUGCUCAUUAUUGGAAUGAGGAUGUGUGCAAGAAUAUACUGGUUUCGAAGUGUUUUAAUGAUCUUUGGAAACAUACAAAAUAUGAUCAUGAGGGAGAAUGCAAUAAGAGACAUGAUCAAUUCUUCAUUAAUGAAUUCAGCAGUGAUAGGAGUUUAAAGAAGCAGUAGAGAGAAAAGAAAUACAUAGAAGAAGCAAUAGGUUUAGUAUGAACCUAAUAAUUAUAUUAGCUUACAUCCAAGAUAAGUUGAAGGAAGUAGACAAGAUAUUGACCAAGCAUGAAGAGUAAGUUGAAUAAUCAAGUAAACUAUAAGUGGCAGAUAGACCCAAGGAAAUAUAGGAUAGACUUGACAAUAUGGAAAGAUAGAUUAAUCUAUUGACAGAUUAGAGUGAGAAGAUGGGCGAAUAAGGAAAGAUAGAGGAGUCAGAAAGAUUGAUUAUGGAGGCAGACAAUUUAAAGAAGGCUAGAGAAGAUGUAUUACUUGCGUAUGAGGGUACAAACAAUCCAUUUAAAACAUAUAAAAUUUGUGAGGUUUGCGGGGCUAGACAAUCUCUUUACGAGACAGAGAACAAAGUCAAGUAUUGAUCUUAGUAUUAUUACUUAGAACUCAUCUCGAUGGUAGAAUUCACUAAGGAUUUUCAACAAUUAGAGUAGAAUUGCAAAAACUGUAGGUGCGAAGAUUGGUAUUGGAGAAGAUAUUGGAAGAGGAAGCUAGGAAGUAGGAAUUCAAGGAAGACAUUGCAAAAGAUAAGGAGUAGGAGAAGGAAAAGGAGAGAGAGAAGUAGAAGGACAAGAAGGAGAAGGAGAGAUCGAGAAGUAGAGAGAAUUCAAGAGAGAAGAGUAAGAAAAAGAGUAGUAAGAAGAAGAAGGACAAGGAGAAAGAGAAAGAGAGGAGCAAGUCAAGAAAGCAUAACAAGUAAAAUUAAAAUAUAUAUAAAUUUAAUAGGAAACACCACAAGCAUUGAGAUAUAAC